GCGGCUCUUCUAGCCGGGUGCGCUCUGAGGAGAUUCUAUGGUGAGAGCCCAGGGCCGGUGGCGCCGUGCCGCCCCGCUCGGUGAGGGCGGGCAGAGCCCCGCCGCCCGGCCGGACCCCGCCCUGCCCGAGGGGCCUCGCUGGGAGCGGCAGCCAUGAGCGUCGCGGAGCGGCUUGAGGAGAAGGAGAAGGAGGAGGAGGUGGCGGCGGGCAGCUCCGGGCGGUCGCUGGGUUCUAGUGAUGCAUCUCCAGAUGAAGGAGUAGUAGAAGAUCUUCCUUUAAUAGAUGAAAAAGCUGUGGAGCAGCUAACUGAAGGAUUGAUUUCUCAUUAUCUGCCUGAUCUUCAGCGAUCAAAAUCAGCACUGCAGGAACUUACACAGAACCAAGUAGUAUUACUAGAAACAUUAGAACAAGAAAUUUCAAAAUUCAAAGAGUGUAACUCCAUUCUUGAUAUCAAUGUUUUGUUUUCAGAAGCUAAACAGUAUCACAGCAAGUUAGUGAACAUUAGGAAUGAAAUGAUGAUGCUCCAUGAGAAGACAUCAAAGUUAAAAAAAAGAGCACUUAAGCUGCAACAGAAGAGGCAGAAGGAGGAACUAGAACGAGAGCAACAACGUGAGAAGGAGCUUGAGAGGGAGAAGCAGUUAACAGCAAAACCUGCCAGGAGAACAUGAAAGCAGAACAUGCAACAACCUGUCUGAAUUAAUCAUUCCUGUGUUCUCUGGAAUUAAGGCAGAUUUUGGUUCAACUGGGCUAUACCCGUUACUAGCAACGGUCUACUCUAUGAUACUAUAAAUUCCAGAAUGGUGAUGAUAGGGUUGGUAACAUUCAAAUGUUUUAAUUUCAGCUAUUCAAGUUGCCUUCUUUUGUAAUGCUAUGCAGUUUGAUAUUAUUAUGAUGUAAGUUAAUUUUUUUUAUAUGUAUGUAUAUAGGAGAAUUUGGGCAUCACAGAUUUAAAUAACUGUCAAAUUUUUUUGUCUCUUCUUCUGGUGUUUAGAAUUCUGAGAGAGAUUUGGUGACUGGCGUACAUAUUUUUCAGACAAAAUACAGAAUACUAGUUAAAAGUUCUGUUCUUAUCCCUGGAUUUUGGUGGCUGCCUAUUUCCCUGAAACUGCUUUGAUUCAGGCAGUUGGGAUGUCUUUUUCGAUGCCCUGGUUCAUAAAUACUGACUUCUUAUACAGUCUUAGUUUGGUCAGUCUCAAAUGAACUGAAGAAGCUUUCAAGGCACUUGUCUGAAAGCUCACUUUAUUGCAGCAGUCUUUUAUUUUUUUUGUCACAAAAUAACUUAAGAACAGUUGUAAAGUAACUUCUGAAUAAUUUCCCAGCUGAAUUGGUUGGGGCAGGGGGAAACAGAACACUAAAGACUGUCAGAAUUGAUGUGUACAAAACACAAAGAUUAAUGAAUUUGUGCUUUCUCAAGCAUUUGAGUCAAACCAGGGAACUGUUGUCUCUGUAGUGGCUCGACAGGAAGACUGUGUAGUCUAAGCAGAUUUCUAGGGAGUUAGAAGUUGUUUCUUCGUUUAGUGUGACAAAUAAAACACAAUCAAAACUGAACAAUUUCCACUUCAUGUAUAAUUGAGUUACCUGUAGGAGAAACUACUGCAUUUAAUUUUUUUUCCUUAACAAGUAAUUCAUUUGCACUUCGGGGCUACGUAUGAGAAUUUUUGUUAUGCUUUCCUUGCCCAAAUUGAUGAUUAAUAGUAUUUGUUGCUGUUACAUGUGGAGUGGAGGUUGAUAUCCAUUUCUUUGAAUGUAAUUGCUUACUCGCAGCACUUGGUGUGGACUCCCGUUCAAAUGAAUGUUGUCUAGACUGGUAAAAGAGCUUUAAAGUAUUUGUUCCUACAGUCUAACUAGGUACUUUAUAUCUGUAUUACUUUUUAAGCAGUAGUGCAAGUGCUGUGUUUUGAAGUAAGAUGAAGGGUAAGCUAUGUGAGUUUUUCCAUAAAAUACCAGAGGGCCACAGUCAAUUUUACUUUUUCUUCCAUUUUAGAUGAUUCACGGGUGUGUACACCUGUCUGGACUCUCCUGUAUUACAAUAUUCUGAACUUAUAAUUCCCUGUUCUUAAUAUUUGUCAUCUUUUUCUGUGAAAGAGGUACUCUAACGAGUAAUUAUCCAACAUGCAAGGUAAACCGGAAUGAUGUUUUGGGGCCGGGAGAACAAACUGCUUGAAGCAGUCUGAAGAGAUGCUGAAAUGCUGUUACUGAAGCAGUAAUCAGUUACAGAUGUCCACAGGUAUUUUUCUUUUAAGUUGACUUGUGUCUCUUAAUUGCCAGUGGAUUUUUGACCUGUGCUGUGGUUUGUAUGUAUUUCUAAGAGAAAUGUCAAAAAUUUCCACAGUCCAUUUUUGGAGCAGAAUGUACAUAACUAAAUAGUGUUUAAAUAUUUUAUUUUGUAAUGUAACUUCAAAAUUAGAUUCUGGGAAUUUAAACUGUUCUUAUUAAAGUAUAACAUGAUACGAGAUGCCUCAGUAUCCAAAUUGGGAUUAAAUUCCUAUGUUAUUUCUUGAUUUGUGUUCCCUCCUCUAGAAUACAGUUUAGUCAUCCCUUUCUGAAGAACUGUGGGGUUUUUUUUCCGAAGAACUAUGGGGAUGGUUUUGUUUUGUUUCAAGAAUCAUGGCUACUUUUACUGAAAAUACAGAAUUCUAAGCAUAGGAAGUAAUGCUUUCGCAAUUGCAUAUUUCAGUGUUUCUUUGGAAUAAUUUCUGAUCAAAGGAGUAAAAGCUUGAGUGCUUGCCUGAGGAAUCGCGUAUACAUAUGUAAAAAUGUAAUUGAUAACUUUUCCCAUAAAAUUGUAGUAAAAUCUGGUUCUUGUGUGAAUAAGGAACUAAUUUUAAUGAAGUGUUUUUCUUUAAUAAAGGGGAAAGAAUUAACUUACAGGG